CACACAAGAGGGCAGAGACUUCGUCUUUUUCUUUUAUUAUCCUUUUAAAACACCCUUUUGAUAAUUUGUCUUCUCCACUUUUCUAAUUUAGUUAGUUUAAGACAACAAGGAGAGUAGAGCAAAGCCUAGAAGAGCCUGGUUGGGUUGGGUUAAAAACGAUGUCGUUUUGCUCUUCUCUAUCACCCCAUGCCCAAACCCUUUCUAUCUUUUCCAAACCCAAACAAUUCAAUAGAACUGCAACUUCUUCUUCCCUCAGCUUUCGCUUCAGAGCUUCCGCUGACGUUCCUGAUUUUCUCUCUGAAGACUGGCUUGAGUCUCGGAAAAAAAGACCCUUGGGCCCAAGAUUAAAAUUUGGUGCAGAAGAAGCUGUUCAACAUCAGCUUGAUGCUUUAAAGUUCAAUGACCAACCCCGCCAAGAUUAUGGCAUUGAGGUUAUGUACAGGUUUGCUGGGUUCGAUCCUUUUGAGAGGUCCACCUAUUUUGGCCCAUUUUUUGAUCUGGGGCAGUUUGAACGGUUUAGGCGGAUUUUUCAUCAUUCAACCUACCGAGUAUUGCUAGGUCACAGGGACAGAAAGAUUUUGAGCAGUUUAUUUGUUGAAGAGCUGCUUUGGAUUGGUGAAUUGUUUAGCAGAACCGGUUCAAGCAACGAGUUUGGAUAAGGGGAAGUCGACCUGAGGAAGAAGAGGUUUUUCAGUUCACCAUGAUUCAGGUUGGUGAUGAUUCUACAUGUUAUUUAUUAUGGUGGUGAGAUUCUAAAUGCAUAUUGCAAGAAAGAUAAAAUGGCUGAGUUCAGUUUUAACAAAAUCAAAUCAAAUUGUUUGUAUAACUAAUUCUCGAGUUAACUUAUCCAUGAAGCUGUUUUUGUUAUUAAACCCAAUUCAGGAAUUUGUAGGUUUUGUAUGGAUGAAAAAGUAAAUGCUGUAGAUCAAACAUGCAUCUAUAUCUAAAUACCCCAAAAGGAAACAUAAGGUCUAAUGUCAAACUACCGUAAUAUAUAACUACUUCAUUAAGGUGGCAUUGAGGGAAAUUUGUGAUUAAAAUUUAGACUGGUCCUGGAAAGGGUUUCGUGGAAUUCAAUUAUCUAAUCCGCUCUGUAAUUCUUCUGAUUUGUUAAGACUGAAAGCUUAAUUAGGCUAGCCUAUUCAUGACACCUAGAUCAUCCAAGUUUCCAUUUUCACGACAAUAUAAGUGACAUGUUGUUAUCCAAGUUUUUGUGUUGUUCUCUGCUGCCUGCUCCGGCAGAGGGUUGGCGGUUCAUGGGAUGGUUAUUGGCUGACGGAGAGUUUACUUCACGAUGGAGAUACUUUUGCGGGUGGGUUGGCCUAUUGAACAGUCCUUUCCUUGCAAGGUCCGUUGUGAUAAGAUGUCUCAGCCUCAGUCUUUAGUCUAGGU